GGGGACCAGUCUGCUCAGCCAAGGAGCCCUGAGGAGCCGGGGGGGUGGCACCAGUGCCCAGCCUGCCCCGAGAAGGCCCCGGCCAGACCAUGGCAGGUGUCUGUGACGCGGCCCCCAACUUUCUCUCCCCGUCUGGAAACCAGGCCCUGGAGCCUGCCCUGGGCAGUGCGGUCUCCCUGAACUGCACGGCCUGGGUGGUCUCUGGGCCCCACUGUCCCCUGCCCUCAGUCCAGUGGCUGAAAGAUGGGCUGCCGCCGGGCAAUGGAAGCCACUGUGGCCUCCAUGAAGACUCCCGGAUCAAGGCCAACUCAUCAGAGGUGCUUGUGUCCAGUGUUCUGGGGGUCAACCUGACCAGUGCUGAGGACUAUGGGGUCUUCACCUGCUCCAUCCGGAAUGUCAGCUCCUCCUCCUUCACUCUUUGGAGAGCUGAGCCCUCCGCCGAUCUCCUGGUGAACCUGAGCCGCUGUCGACGCCUCAUCGUGGUGCUGUCGGAAGCAUUCCUGGGCCGGGCCUGGUGCAGCCACAGCUUCCGGGAGGGCUUGUGCCGGCUACUGGAGCUCACGCGCAGGCCCAUAUUCAUCACCUUCGAGGGCCAGAGGCGCGACCCCGUGCACCCCGCGCUCCGCCUGCUGCGCCAGCACCGCCACCUGGUGACCCUGCUGCUCUGGAAGCCCGGCUCCGUGGCGCCUUCUUCAGAGUUUUGGAAGGAGCUGCAGCUGGCACUGCCACGGAAGGUGCGGCACAGAGCCCUGGAGGGAGACCCCCAGACCCGGCUGCAGGGUGACAAGGACCCCAUGCUGAUCGUGCAAGGCCACCUGCCCGAGGGUCGCACCCUGCACCUGGAGCUGGACCCCGACCCUGAGGGGGACCUGGGUGUCCGAGGGCCUAUCUUUGGGGAGCCAUCAGCUCCACCCCAUGCAAGUGGGGUCGCCCUUGGAGAGGGCCGGGGCAGCGAGGUGGAUGUCUCGGACCUCGGCUCCCGCAACUACAGUGCCCGCACGGACUUCUACUGCCUGGUGUCUGAGGAUGACGUGUAGCCUGCACCCGCCGGAGCGUCAGGAUCACCAAGGACAGCUGGGUGCAGGGCGGGGUGGGGUUUUUCUCCUCUCAGCAGGACUACCA